AUGGAGAACUGUAGAUAUAACUCUUCACUUCCUUUUCAUUUUAUUAGUGAUAACAUAUUUUGUUUCCUAAAAGAUGGAUACAUAUGUUUUAUGAAUUUAUUAAACAAUGAAAAAAAAUAUCUUUAUAUUACGUGUUCACAAGAUGAAGGUUAUGUAGCACAAUAUUAUUUCGAUGUAGUAAAAUGUAGAUAUGAAAAAAAAGAAGAGGAUUGUAAUAAAAAUAUGACAAUAAAUAUAAUGUUAUUACAAAAUGAAAACAAAAAAAAUGUUAAAGAAACAUGUUAUAUAAAAAAGUUUGUUACAAAUAAAAUAUAUCAUACUUUAUUCUUAGUUAUAAAUAAACAUUAUCAUAAUAUUUUAUGUUCGUUAGCUUUUGAAAAUAAUAGCUUCGAAAUUCUGAACACGAAUUUUGUUAAAACUUUCAAAGGGAAAAUAAAAUCUAUGGCAUGCACGAAUAAUAACAUUUUUGUCUUGAUAAAAAAAAAAAAAAAAAUUAUAAAUAAAAAUAAAAAUAAUCACAUGAAAAGUAAAAUAUUAAAUCAAAAUGUCCUGGCAUCUAAACACACACUUGAUCGAUCACUCCUUUUAAUGAAAGGAGAGAAUGAUGUUAACGUUAUAUGUGAAUCCAAGAAGGAAAAAAAAAAAAAAAAAAAAACAGACAACAAAAAUGAGAAGAAAAAGGGCCACAUGGAAAUAAAAGAUGUAAAUGAUAAAAUAAAUGAUAAAAUAAAUGAAAAAAUAAAUGAAGAAAAAAAUGAAGAUACAAAUGAAGAUACAAAUGAAGAUACAAAUAAAGAUAUACAUAAAGAUACAAACAAAGAUACAAAUAAAGAUACAAAUAAAGAUACACAUAAAGAUAUACAUAAAGAUACACACAAAGAUACACACAAAGAUACACACAAAGAUACACACAAAGAUACACACAAAGAUACACACAAAGAUACACACAAAGAUCCAUAUGAAGAAAAAGAAAACGAUAAUAUCCCCUUAGGUGAUCAUCACAGUGUACAAUAUAACAUUUUCACAUUUUCCAUAUUAAAUAAAAAAGAACCCGAUUUAAAAAAAAUACAAUUUUCAAAUAUAAUAUUACCUAUAAAAAAAAUGAUAAUAUGUCCAUAUGAUGAAAAAAUAAUAAUAUUGUUAUCACAUAAAAGUAUUGUAUAUAUUAUUAUGAACAAAAACAAUGAUGAUUUAAAAAAUAUGUUUAUCAUAAAAGAACUUAUUUUUAAUAGUCCUAUUAUUACUACAACAUGGAUAGAUAAUUACAUAUUUUUAAUUUAUUUUUUAAACAACGAAUUAAUAUUUUUAAGUUUUGCAAAGCCUUGUAGAAACCUAUAUUUUUACAAAUGUAUUAAUAACUAUUCACAUAUUACAUCUUUUUUUUAUAAGUCGAGGAAUUUGUAUAUAUCUUUUAAAACCAAAGAAAUCGUAUGUUUUAAGAUUCGUUAUUAUGAAAUUCCCUUGACUGUUUUUAAAAAGAUACAAAGCACUGAAGGUAAUUAUAUAGAUGCAAAAUAUUUAUUCAGAAAAAGACCUAGAUAUAUAAAGAUAAAUCAUAAUGAGCGAAAUGUAAAAGAUGAUAAAGAAGGCAAUGAUGAAAUACGUGAGGGAGAGGAUUUCCUUAGGAAUAAUAAUAAAAAUUUUUCUGAUGUCAAAAAAAGGAAAAAAAAAAAUGAUAAGAAUAACUAUGAAAUCAUCUUUAAUAAUAUAUUAAGGGAAAUAAAAAGAUUAGAAAAUAAAUUAUUAUACAAUGAUUAUAAUAUAUUUUAUGAAGAUGUUGAAAUAAAUAAGGAUGAACUAAAAAAUAGGUUAAGUGCAAGAAGUUUGAGUGUUUAUAAUAAAUAUUUUAAUUUGAAUCUUUUAGGUCAUAAUAAGAAGAAGAGGAUAAGACAAGAUAUACAAAAUAAUAUGUAUGAUAAUAAAUAUAAAUGUGUUGAAGAAGAUGUAUGUAUAAAUCCUAAUAUCCAGAAAGAAUUAAUUUUUUAUGAAUAUGAUGAUGAUGAUAAUAAUAAUAUAUUAUGGUCGUCCCAUUUGUAUUUUUUAAAAAAAAAGAAGAAGAAAAAAUUUGAAAAUUUCCAUUAUAAUGAUGAGAAUGUAAUAAAAUUAUUAGAGUUUGUUUCUAUAAUAAAUUUAGAUAAAUAUAUUUUAAAUAAUAUAAGUAGUUUUUAUAUAAUAUCUAAAUAUUUAUUUCUUUUACUAGAUAACGGUUUAUUAUAUUAUACUAAAAAAAAUGAUGAUGGCAAAAUAUAUGAUUUUUUAGAAUUAUCUAAUUUUUAUAUAUGUUAUUAUAAAAAUAUAAAUAAAAUAGUAGAUAUAAAAAUAAUAAAUGAACAUGAUAUAUAUUAUAUGGAUAAGAAACAUAUAUUAAAAAAUUAUUCUUUAAAAAAUAAUUAUUUAAACAUUAUAAAUACAAAAGAAAAAAUUCAAUCAUAUAAUAUCUUUUCUAUGUUAGAAAAUAGUACUUGUAUAUUUUUAUCCUUAAAUGAUGGAUCUUUCUAUUUUAUAAACAUUACAAAACAUAAAAUUUUAUUAUACGAUAAUCUACAGAAUUUUAGUAAUUUAGGACAUAACCAAAUAUAUUGUAGUUUUAAAAAAAACAAAUAUAUACAAUAUAGUGUUUUUAAUAAAUUGAAUGAAUAUAUAUUCAAUGGUUACUUUUACGUACAACAAUAUAUUAUAUUAUUUUUUUUAAUAUAUUCUACAUCUCAUAAAAAAUUUUUUAUUUAUCUGGUAGAAAAUAUACAUAUAUAUAUUUUAUUCAAAAAAAUACAUCAGACGAAUAUUUUAUAUACAUAUAAUAACAAAAGUAUCAUCACUACGAAGGGACAAAAGAAAUCUUCUAAUUAUAUUUUAUAUAAUUUCUCGUUAUAUAAAACUCUGAAUAAGGAUUAUAUGUGUUUAUUAUGUUCAGAUAAAAAGGUGUCUUAUUUUUAUAUGUUCUUUUUUGACCUCCCAAGGGAAGAGGAAAUCAAAAUGUACAUAUCAGAAAAAAAGAAGAAAAAAAUAAUAAACAAUAAUAAUAACAAAAAAUAUAUAUGUAAUCGUAGCAAUAAAUAUAAUGAUAAUAAUUAUAAGGAGAAUCAAAAAAAUGAAGUUCAAAAUUAUCACGAUGAUCAUCAUCAUGAUGAUGAUGAUGAAAAAUCCUAUCCUUUAUUAUAUACAAGAAAUAUUUUUUUCUGUUCAAUCAAGAAUACAAAUAUUGUGUAUGCUAAAUGUAUAGGGAAUUAUAUGGUGGUUGCUGAUUAUUAUUUAAACAUUACUUUUUAUUAUAUUAAAGAACAUUUUAAUCAUUAUUAUUUAUCGUCAGGUGAAGUUCCUUCUUCUUUUUUUCUUCCGCAUACAUUGGAAGAACGUUGUGUUUUUAAGAUGAAGAAAAAAAAAGAAAAAGACAGAAAAAAAAAAGAAAGAGACAAAUAUACAUAUAACAUGAAAGAAGAGGGUGAAUCCAAAAUUGAUCAUUCAACACAUCAUAAUAUGGAAAACAUGAUGCAAAGAUUUUUUUUUUUCAAAAGAAAAAAAUUAAAAAACACAACACAAUUUAAUGACAAUAUGAUUAAAGAGGACAAAAUUGAAGAGAAAAUAAAUGAAGAUUUUGUUACAACAGAAGAAGGAGAAAAAAAAAGUAAUAAUAAAAUAAAAAAUAAUACACAACAUAAUAAUAAUAAUAACAAUAAUAAUGAUGUAUUUAUUUGUAAUUCUUUAUUUGAAUUAUUACUUAAUAAAGAGAAAUCAUUUUUUUUGAAUAUUAACCAUGGGAAAUUAAAAUAUAUAAAUGAACGUAUGCAUACAUCAGAAUUAACAUGUAUUGAUAUUAUAACAACAAAUAAUAUAUUGAUAUGUAUAUAUUUUAAUUCUAUUAAUUAUCCUCUUGAAAUAAAUCCACAUAUAAAUAUUAGAUAUAUGCCUUAUCUAAAUAACGAUAUACAAUAUUAUUAUCCUUUGAUCAUCAAAAGUAAUAACAACUAUGAGAAUAAUAAUAUGUAUGAUUUAUUUUUGAUCAAAAAAAAAAAUUUCCUUCUUUUAAGAAAUAAUAUAAAAGAAGAUGAAGAAGUAAAUAUCAAACUAAAGGAAAGGGAUCAUUCUACAAUAUACAAUCCUAAAUUAAUACAAAAUCAACAAAAUGAUCAAACAUAUAAUACAAAAUGUGUUGAAGAAAACAUACUUAAUGUUACAACAAACUCUAAUGAACAUAUCUCUUUUUAUAUUUCCAAGUGGAUCAUUGAAGAUAAUAACACAUCAUAUUAUAUAAAUGAUUCCUUGAUAAAAAAUAUGAAUGUUGUCUUUCUUAAAAUAAAAAAUGAUAUAUCACAAAAUUAUACAAAUAAGAAAAGAAAAAACUUUUUUGAAGAUAUUGUAUGUAUGGAGAAAAAAUAUAUAGAAAAUAAUAAUAAUAAUAAAAACAAUACAAACAAUACAAACAAUACAAACAGUACAAACAAUACAAACAAUACAAACAAUACAAACAAUAAUGAUAAGAAGAAUGUGAAGGUAGACAUCAAUAUGAAUAUACCUACACAUUAUAAUAUAUUAAAGAAUAAAACCUUAUUAAAUGAUGUAGAAAAGGCAAAAUGUAUAGAACCCCAAAAUAAUAAUCAUAAUAUAUAUAAUAAUAAAGAAAUAGAAUUCAAACAAACACCAAAUAUAGAUAAACUAAAGGAGGAAAAAACAUAUAUAUUGAAAGAUAAAAAUUAUAUUAUUCAUAAUAAAAAUACUAAUUAUUUUUUCGACAACGAAACAAUUAUAUUUACUUUUAUCAAAGAUAAUUCUUCACAAAAUAUAUCUUUAAAAAAAUGUUUGAAAAUUUAUCAAAACAAAUAUUAUCUACAAGAAAAAUAUGAAAAAAGAAAAAAACAAGAAAAAAAAAUUACCUAUCUAAGAAAACAACUUAAUGAUUUAAUAAAAACAAACUAUAAAAAUGAACAUAUGAAAAUUGACAGAUGUACGUUUUUUUUUGAUAAAAAAUAUAUAAAUGAAGAAGAUAUACUUAUUUAUGAAUAUAAAAAGAUAAAAAAAAAAUUUAAAAAAACAAAAAAACAAAAAUUAUAUAUUAUUAAUAAAUUACAAAAAAAAUGUUCUAUAUUAAAUAAAAUCGAUUUUUUAUGUGCAUUCAAAAAAAAUCUGUAUGUUGUAAAUUUUUAUAAUAAUCAAAUUGGAUAUAAAUUUUGUAAUUAUAUAUCAUAUCCAUCGAACAAAUCAAAUCAUUUAUCGAAUGAAAAAAUUAAUUUCUCAUCUUAUAAUAAUUUAUUAUCUUAUAAUGAUUUAUCAUCUUAUAAUAAUAUAUCAUCUCAUAAUAAUAUAUCAUCUCAUAAUAAUUUAUCACCCCAUAAUAAUUUAUCAUCUCAUAAUAAUUUAUCACCCCAUAAUAAUUUAUCACCCCAUAAUAAUUUGUCUUCUUAUAAUUUAUGUUCAUCUCCUUAUACAGAUAAAAUAAAAUGUUUACGAUUUUUACAAAUAAAAGAAUUUUUUUUUUUACACAACAUUGAUAAGAACAAUACAUUAUUUUUUCUCAAAGAUUACACUGAUUAUAUUGAUAGAUAUCUUCAAGAUUUCUCGUCUCUUUAUUUUUACCAUUACUAUCCAUGUACAAAUAUUAAUUUAAAUUUUCUAUACUCAAACUUAUUUAAUGUGAAUCCUUUACAAGGAGAAGUAGAUGACUUACGAUGGAACUAUCUCCUCUAUUCUCCGUAUGAACUUUUCACAAACUCUAGGAAGAGACUCCAGUGUUACAUUUUAAAAAUAUUGAUAGAACAGAAAAAAAAAAAGUUUCAAAACGAUUUUGAAAGCCUAAAAGAAGAAAAGAAUCAUUGCCUCAAGGAAAUAAACUUCUUGAUAAAUAAACUUAAAUCCUCUCUACAAGACGUAGAAAAAUAUAUGAGCUACAAUUUUUCUUAUUAUAUAAAUAUGAAAUUAUUUAUAAAAAAUCAACCAUGGUAUGAUAAAGGGCGCAUAUACAAUAUUCCAGACGCUAUAGAAAAAGACCUUUUAUUAAAAAUACAAUUAAACAAAUUAAACAUUGAAACAAAAAAAGAUAUAAAUAAAGAAAAUUAUAUUUUACAAAAAAAAUAUAAUGAACAAAAAGAAAAUAUUAAUGUGCAUACUUGUACACAAUAUUACAAUUUGAAGCACGAGAUGAAGAACUCUCCUUCCAC